AUGGUCAACCAGGAGUCAAGAGCUGUGUUGGAUAGCCUCUUGACUAAGACACAUGUUCAGCAUGCCUUGGUCCAGUCAGACGGCCGGCACAACGAGCUUCCUUCUGUACGAGAACCGUAUAACAUCAACGAAGCAAGUGUACUUAAGGUUCGCAGGUUUCAGCGCGCGUUUAUGACGUACUUCAGCAUGGAAAACGGCAGGUUCGCAGGCAACACCAAGUCACUCGCCAUCUCUCAUUUCUUUACGGGCACCAGCCCCUUAAUCUACGGCCUAUUCUCAGGGAUUGGUCGACCGCUGACUUUGUUGGCUGACGGUAUCGAGCUGCGGGCAGCCAUACUCGUCAUGCAAUCUCUCACCCUUUCUGCCGUCGACUGGAUGGAGCCCCUGGGCGAGUUGCUGACACAUCCCCAGCUGGCUGCGCCAUCCGGCGAGUAUCUGUCACCCGAGGAUAUCAUUGGCCGGGUGGCGUAUGACGGACGCUUCAGCGGAGUUAUGAAAGCUGGCUCCGGUUUCCACGGGGUUUCGCAUGUCUUUUCGAGUCCAACCGCCAGAACGGGUAUUGUCGAGUACCUGCGGUAUCUCGAUACCCGUGACCUGUCUUCGCUCUUACAACAAAUCUCUGCCCUGUCAGUGCUCCUCCUCACGGCCACACACAAGGCCAACCAGCCAGCUUUCGACCUGUAUCUCGGCCGCUUACCCACCUGCGUCAACAGCGUGCGGGUGAUCGUCGAGAACUGGGUCGAAGAUGAGGGCCACAAGCUUCUUCUCGUCAGAGGUCUCUGGCUGCUCGUGAUCCUCACGUACGUCACCCAGCUGAGGCCCGUCAUUGACGGGAAGCUCCUGGUCUCGAGGGAGCUGGCCGAGGAAACUAGAGGCUGGGAGGCUAUAAUGGACCGGAUCCACAGUCAGUGCAUUAUGGAAGGCAGAGAUGGUGGCCACGACCUCUUGAGGGCGGUUAGGAGCCUGCGGGAGCUGUCGGGAGAGUAUGGCGCGGCGCAUGGGCGGCUCUACAUCCAUGCCGCGUGGAAACUGCUGAGGAAUUGGCAGGGGUGGGCUGGGCUGGGGAAUGAUCGUGAGGCGACGCUGAAUAUCAGACUGUGA